GUUGGGGCCGGGGCUGGUCCGACUUUCAUACUUCCUGCUGUGACUUGAAAUGUGAUCAGUCAUUCUAGUGGAUGGAAAUUAAAUUUACAACGACAAAAACAUCCUGGUCUGACAAAUUUGACAUCAUCAUGAUUGUGUAUAUAAAUUCUGCUCCUGGGUUAUUAAAUGGAAUUUUGUUAAUAUUUCUAGCUUCUAUAUCUUUGAUUCCUGGAAAUGCUUUUGUCUGCCAUUCUGAAGCUUCGAGAAAUGCUAAUGAGGUUUUACAAAUCCACAUUGUUCCACACACUCAUGACGACGUAGGCUGGCUAAAGACGGUCGAUCAAUAUUACUACGGAGCCAAUAACAGCAUUCAAAGAGCCGGUGUGCAGUACAUUCUUGAUUCUGUGAUACCAGCUUUAGAGGCCAAUCCUAUGAGGCGUUUUAUUUAUGUAGAAAUGGCAUUUUUCAAAAGAUGGUGGGUGGAACAGAGCCCCACCAUGCAAGCAAGGGUGAAAGCACUUGUCGAGAGGGGUCAAUUGGAGUUUGUUAAUGGAGGAUGGUGCAUGAACGAUGAGGGAACAACUCAUUAUAAUGCAAUCAUUGAUCAAAUGACUCUUGGAUUACAAUUUAUUAAUGAAAAUUUUGGCUCCAAGGCUCGGCCAAGGGUUGCAUGGCAUAUUGACACAUUUGGGCACUCGGCCGAACAGGCUUCCUUGUUCGCGCAGAUGUCUUUUGAAGGAUUUUUCUUUGCCCGUAUUCAUUAUGCAGACAUGGAGAAACGAACCAGGGAACAGCGGAUGGAACUCAUGUGGCGGGGUAGCAAAAGUCUUGGAAAAUCCUCAGAAAUUUUCACCGGGGUUUUAUACCAUCACUACAGCCCACCUACAGGAUUCUGUUUUGAUAUACUCUGUGACGACCCUCCUAUUCAAGAUGACUCUAGAUUAUUUGACAAAAAUGUUAAAGAACGAGUCGAGUUGUUUAUAAACGAAACAUGUGAACAUGCAUUACAUUACAAGUCACGCCAUAUUAUGCUUACUAUGGGGGAUGAUUUUAAUUAUCAAAAUGCUGAAAUGUGGUUCAAGAAUUUGGACAAAUUAAUUAAUUAUGUCAAUAAGGUAUAUUGUAAACCUAGUGCAGUUGACAAAGUGACAAUACCAUCCCUGUCUCAUGGAUGGAUUUACUAGGGGGUGGGGGUGCAGAGGUGUGUGCACCCCUCCUAGUCUUGGCAAUUUAAGGGAUGCAAUUGGGGGUGGGGGUUGCUGAUUUCCUUAUCAAAUCUAUUUUUUAUCUGUAAAGGUAAUAUUGUGCAACCCUUUCCAUCAAAGUUGUAGGCCCCUCUGAGCUAGAUUCUGCCAGGGGCAGUGUUUCACUGGUUGCCCGAACACUGUUUCCUGUAUCUCCCUCCAGUGAUUACUGGUCAAUGGUCACACUGCAAAACAUGAACCGAGGCUCAAUUAGCACCCUACCAGAUCUGACUGGAUCCAUCCCUCAGAGAAUAAACCCCCUUUCCUUUGUAAAGGAAGGAAUUUAUUAACCCCCCCCCCUGCUUCCCCUUGAAUGUAUCAUUAUAGUUGAUAAUUUUCCUGGAAGUUAAUAAGACUCUUAAUUAGUAGCUUCCUGUUUUAUUGAUGUUGCAGCCAAAUUAUAAUGAAGACUCCUUCUCUAUAAUUAAACUCCAUGCACUCUCCAAAAUAUUCUGCUAUUUUUGGAUAAGGAUGGGGAAUGUAAAGCAGUUAGUCUGCAAGCAGGCUCACUGCUUGUGCUUAUAGUCUAGGGUUUAACCCUUUAAGUGUCAAUUAUGUACCCAGAUGAGCCCUUCUGUACUUUAUGAUUUUACUCUGUCUAAUGCCAGAUGAUUUUACUUGUCAAGGAGAUUGUGCUGCCAGUCUCAAUCAGUUAAAUUAUUUGUUUAGGAUGGUAGAGUGAAUGUGUUUUACUCAACACCAUCAAAUUAUGUUGAUGCAGUAAAAGGAAUUGAGCUGGCGAUAAAGACAGAUGAUUUCUUUCCUUAUGCUGACUGCCCUCAUUGUUACUGGACUGGAUAUUUUACUAGUAGGCCUGCAUUGAAAGGCUAUGUUAGGAGGAAUAAUAAUUUACUACAGGUACAUGUAGACUGUCAUUUGUGUUGUUCAUGCCCAUGAAUAUUAGGGACUAUGAGUCUUAGGGACCACCAAGUACUGUGACACAAACCAAAUCAAUCCGGAAAUCAAACUCCAACUGGUAUAUGACUCAGGUAGAGGUCUAGCAUAGGAGGUAAGGGGUCUAGGGACCACCAAGUACUUUGACCCAUUUAGACAAAUCAAUCUAGAAAUUAAACUCCAACUGGUACUGGUGACUCAGGCAGAUCCUGCCCAGAUUGCCUUAAUUUGAAUUUGGUACAAAAGCUAUUUUAGCCUUAUUUUAGACUAUUUUGGAGACAUUCAGUCUAGGUUUAGAUGGUACCUUAGAAUAUAGAGCUCCACUCCCUCCACAUGUGCCAUCUAAGUGCAUAUUUUGACAUUUUAAUUUGGAGCUAGCUCCUUUCACUAUAGAGGUGCUCCAUGGCUUCAUAACUUCUGCAGCCAUACAUGUAUCAUGCCAGUGUGCACCAAUGCAACCAUACAGUAGGCUGCUUAUUAAUAAAUUCACCACAUACCACCAGAGGCCCCGGGAAUCGAUAAUAGCGGGGGCAGAUAUUCAUAUAUUCGUGUUGACAGACUGUAAAAACAAUUGAUUUCAAAAGAAAUUAAUUGGGCAGAACACGAAUAUAUGAAUAUCUCCAUUCCGGCGCCUCUGCAUACCACAUAGGUCGUGGGCUGUUGGCCAAAAUUAUUUCGCUUCGUGGCACCCAUGUGGGAAAUACUUGGUUUGGGGUUUAUUUGAAAGGCAUAUAGGUACAUCACUACGAAAAAAAAGUUCCCAAGCAAAAAGUUGCCCAAUACCGAGAAAAUGGGUGAUCAAUGAUUAUCCUCUAUUAAAUUGUAUUACAGCAAAAAUUGGGAAAUUUUAUAAUUCAAUGACAAUAAAAAUGACUUGCAUCAUCGGAAAACGUACAAAAACCGCAUAUAAGACUUUUAAACAGUUUUUUGAUUUUUCAAAUAGUCUUUGAGUUAUUGCUGUUUUAAAUGUGAAAAUUGGACCAAAAUGUCGCAAUAAGGACUGGGUACUAGGUCAAAAACGCGUUUUUGACAGCGUAUAACUCGAAAACAAUUUUAGAUAUAAAAAACUGUUUAAAUGUCUCAUAUGUAGGUUUUUGUAAGCUUUCUGAUGAUGCAAGUCAUUUUUGUUGUAAUUGAAUACAAAAUUUCACAUUUUAUUGCUGUACUACAAUUUAAUAGAGGAUAAUCACUGAUCACCCAUUUUCUCGGUGUUGGGCAAGUUUUUUGCUUGGGAACUUUUUGUGGUAAGCAUCUAUGGUUCUAUGUAUUGAACCAAAGAAAAUCUAUUUCCCAGGGGUGCCACGAAAUUGCUUUUCUAGGGACCUUUUCGCACAACAGCCCACAGCCUUUUACUACAGUAAUACCAUGAUGACCUCGGGUUCUUUUGUUCUCGCCGGGUGGUUUAAUCACGAUAUUCCCGGCUUAGCGGGGAGAUAUCUAAUUCUCCCGGCAAAGCCGGGCAGAUUUCUAAUUUCUCCCUGAUUAAAAGUCAUGAACCAAAAUUCAAAGACACGACAAAGAAUUUUCUUAAUAGCUUUUACACAACAAACAAAAUAAUUACACUACAAUGUUAAUGACAGUAAGAUAAAGUGUUAAUUACUCGACUUAUUAAUAUUCACUUUUCACUAAACAUUUCACACAACUAUAUUAUAAAGACAGUAAUUUAUUUACUCCUAUUAAUGUUGAUGUUCACAGUUCCACAAUUAGCUCCUUGUAGUAGUCCGCUCAAAUCUAUACCCUUUCAUCGCUAACCGUCACUGCAUCUGCUCUUUUCUUCAUUGGGCUUUGGGUGCUCUGUAGUUCUCUGUAGAGCGUUUGCUGAAGCGGCUUAAACUCAGCCGAAUUAAACAGGUUUAACAACCACAAGACAGGCUAUACAUGACUUCAUGGCGGUAUUCUUUACCGUUUCUCUUCCGUACUUCUAGCGUUAAUCGGCUAAACCAGUGAUUAAUUUCGUCAACGCUCAUCUCCUGCAAAUCUAGCACACGCUUUAAUACUUCACUCUCGGCUUCAAAGUCACGCAACUCGGUAUUUCUUGCCUUUGCCCAUGCUUUAUAAACAUUCGUGCUCCACCUAGUGUGUUUGAUAGUAUUCUCAGGCGUUCUGUUAUCUCUAACUUUCUGAACAUCGGCUUCCAUAACAAACGAGAAACGUUUAUCCGCCAUAUCAUUCUUAGUGAGCGUCCAAAAACAAGACUUGAGUUGAGUUAAAAAAAAACAAGACUUGAGUUGAGUUUUAUAUUCAUGUAUGCACAUGCACCCGGCACUGACACACGUAUAUUAAGAAUUGUUUAUUCCCAACGAAUUCCCGACAAUGGAAAAUUGUUGUAUACAUCACUGAUCAUGCAUUGUAUUACACAAUACUCGUACUAUCAAUUAAUUUUGAACAAUGAAAACACUAGCCUCACCUCGGUCAUCAUGGUAUUACAAACUAAUACCAUGGUUUUUAAGAAUAUAGUGAUUAAAUCUCCCGCGAACCGAGGAGGUUUGUGAAAGUCCCUCGGGACGCCUUCGGGCUUCGCCCUCAGGCUUUCCCUCGGGACUUUCACAAACAUCCCUCGGUUUGCGGGAGAUUUAAUCACUAUAUUCUUAAAAACCAUGGUAUUACUUAUAAUUGAAUGUAUUAUUACACUAGUGCAUGUCUAGGUAUUUGUCAUGUCCAUGCAUUACACGUAUUGUACGUUACAGAUAAGAACUUGUCUAGUGCUUUGCAAGCCACGUUUUACUAACUACAACUGCUGUGUGAGCAUUAUAAUUUCCAUUGGUCACACUCACAAGCACUAGUAGUGUGUCAAGUGUGAUCAAUGGUGUGUAAACAACAUGAGUUCUUCAGCAUCCUUCACGAUUCAAAGCUUAUAUUAAUAAUAGCUUUGCGAAUCAUGAUAUCAACCACUACCCUCUCAGGAUCACUUGCGUGAGCAUUAUAAUUUCCAUUGAGCACACUCACAAGUACUAGUGCCAUCAUUGGUGUGUAAAUAACAUGAGCCUUCAGCAACCUUCAGAUCAGGCAUUAAAAUAAGCGUGUUUUUGACACACUUUGUGUCCUUGUAAAAGGAAAAUGUGUCUAGCUUGCAAAUUGAAAAGUGUGUACUUGGGACAUAAAGCCCAGGAAAAUCCAUUCCCAGUCAUUUUCCCCAUGAGCAAUUUUGUUUGAAGUAAUCAUGUCAUGUGUUUAUUGCCUGAAGAUAGCCAGAUAUAUAUUUCUGGUUUAUGUAUUUCUGGUUUUUCUGUUUAUAACAAGUCAAGACAUGCCUGUAAAAUUACCAACGGCUUCAAUUAUUUUCCUAUAGGCGCGGUUUCAUGAUAAUGGCAAUAUCCGCAGAAAUCAUGCCACAAAAAUCAGGACUCGCCUUUAAGAAUUUUCAACAGACGAUUGAAAAUUUAAUUACGAACCAUUUAGACUGCAUGAUUUACGUACUUGUUAGAUAGCCUCAAUCAUUGCGAAAACGGCCCAAAAGUGCCAAAACGGCGCUUCUGCAUGUGCCCCGCCCCAAUUAUAAAAUAUUUACUGAUACCGCACUGAAAUAUAUAUGUAUUAGCUCAAUAUAUAACUAGUUAUUGUUCAAGUUACGGUAUUGGUCCGCAUUUUACCUAUUUGAAACGAAUGUUUGCCUUUAAAAGGCACUGAACUUUAACGAAUAUUCAAUAAAGCCUUUUCUUAGUUGACGAGUAUUUGUGCUCAAGCUAUAGUCUGCCACACUUCCAAGUGAUUGUUGCCCUUGGCGUGGACGUAAAGUGUGUCCUUGUAAAAAAUCCUUAUUUUAAUGCCUGCUUCAGAUUGAAAGCUUACAAUAGCUUCUAAACAAUCAUAUUGUCAUCUACUACCAUCAUCACCAUUUCCAUCUAUGGAAUGACAUUUCACUAUCCAUAAUCAUCAGGUGCAUAAUUAAACGCGAGGUUCUCUGCAGCCUACAAGAUUCAGAAUGUAGUUCAAAGAAUAAUCUUACUGUACGCAGCUCAAUAUAUAAUGGACCAUUCCCCAAUUAAUCAAAAUUUUGAACUCAACAAGUCUAGACAAAAAUUUCAUCACAGUUUGAAAGAGCAUCACAAAAUUAGUAAUAUUCCCCAAAGUUUCAUUGCAAAAUGUUGUAAAAUGCGGAUAAUAUAUAUAGCCUUGCGAAGUUUGCAAUUUUCAGUCAUUUUAGAUUACAAACGGGAAAUGGUCACCACUUCUGUGCGUAAUACAAAAUGACUGAAAAUGACAAACUUCGCAAGGCUAUAUUAUCCGCAUUUUACAACAAUUUGCAACGAAACUUUGGAAUAUUACUAAUUUUGUGAUGCUCUUUCAAGCUGUGAUGAAAUUUUUGUUUACUGUAGGCUAGUCAAGAUCAAAAUUUUGGAAAAGUGGUAACCAUUUCCCGUUUGUAAUCUAAAAUGACUGAAAAUUGCAAAUUUCGCAAGGCUAUAUUAUCCGCAUUUUACAACAUUUCGCAACGCGGAAACUUUGGAAUAUUACUAAUUUUGUGAUGCUCUUUCAUGCCAUGAUGGAAUUUUGUCUAGACUUGUUGAGAUCAAAAUUUUGGUUAAUUGGGGAAUGGUCUAUUAACCAUGGGCCAUUUGGCGUCAUCAUCAAGAUCAUAGUCAGCACGACCACCACCUGAAAGCCCAAGGCCUAAAAGAAAGGCUGGACAGUCCUAAAGAUUCAGAGCCCAUUGCAGAGAAUUUUCACCAUCUCAGAUCAUCGUGGACUACAACAUCUCCACUAUUAUCACCACAAUCAUCAUCGCCACCACUACUAACCAUUAUCAUUCACAAUGGUCAUCGAUAUCGAUCAUUUCUACUGUAUUAAUCUAUUUCUAUUAUUCAGCAUUCUAUUUUAAUAUUCAAAGCUCAACUCAGAGAAUCGUUAUGACCAGCUGUCUCAUCGCUGAGAUCACCAAUUCACCAUGACCACUCUACUGUCAUCACCACCAUUAUUAUCAUUUGACACCAGGGGUCAUCCUAAGAAAAAUUUAGAACUGCCCGUUCGACAAGAACAGAUGUGGACACAGGCUAAAUGUGUGGCAGUAAUGAGAGACGACGAGAUAACGGCGUAUUGGAUACCUGAAUAGCUAGGAGGGUCCUGAGACAUGCUCUCAUUUUGCAAAAUGGGAGGCCUUAGGAUGACCCCUGUUUGACACCAGCACCAUAAUCAGGCUAAUUAAACAACUUGAAUGUGGUUCUGUUCAAUCUUCGAGAUUCACAUCUUAGGCCCCGUUUCCAUAUACCAGAUUCGCUCGUCACGCCAUCAUCUUCUGCCGUUAAGGAGCAAUGGUUAGUAGCAAAUGCUUAAUUAUUAGUUUGACAGAAUUCGCAUGUUUAUUUGGGUCUCUGAGAUUAAAAAUCUUCACAGCCUUUCAAUACCUACAAAAUUUGACCCACUCCGAUAGCAAUCCGGUAUAGUGUAAACGGGGCCUUAGUUCAGCGAAACACUUUCACCACACCAGCGCACAUCACCAGAACUAUCCCCCUUUUUACCAUCACUAGCAUCAUCAUCACCGCUACACUUUGAAUAUGAUAUUUUUCUAUCUAUCAAUUAUCAUCAGGUGUGUAAACAACUUGAAGUCCUGGGCAAUCUUGAAGAUUCGGAGCACAGUUCACAAACACUACGAGAUGCUAUGGCUGUAGCUCAACAUCAUGAUGCUGUAACUGGAACAGAAAAACAGCAUGUUGCAUAUGAUUAUGCCAAGCGUCUGGCAAUGGGUGCCGAACAAUGCAAGGUGAGUAAAGUUGAGAUUCUCCCCAACUUGGAAUAGGCAAAUCCAGCGAAAGACUAAAUUUUGAUCUAAGCAAGAACAAAAUCCAUCACCACAGCUAGAAAGCAUGUUAAAAUUAGUAAAAUUGCAAAGUUUGGCCGCGAAAUGUUGUAAAAUGAGGAAAAGGCAGCCCAGGGAUAUUUGCAAAUUUUGUAUUCAUUUGUAUUACGCGCGGGAAAAUACGCCACGUUUGGGCCGAAAGUGAUGCAUUUUCCCAUGCGUGAUGCACAUUAAUACAAAAUUUGCAAAUUUCGUAGGGCUAUAUUUUCCUCAUUUUGACAACAUUUCGCGACCAAACUUUGCAAUUUUACUAAUUUUAACAUGCUCUUUCUAGCUCUGGUGAUGGAUUUUGUUCUUCUUGCCUAGAUCAAAAUUUAGUCUAUAGCUGGAAUUGCUUAUUAUCCACCCUCACCUUUGCAUAUCUGGACUAUUUUAGAUGGUCAUCAGCUCUGCCCUGACCAAAAUCACCCGAAGGGAAAAUUCUGAAGCUGAUAUUCAAUACACUUUCUGUGAUUAUCUUAAUAUCAGUGUAUGUCGUGGCACAGAAACUCGCAAGUCGUUUACUAUCACCGUAUACAACCCUGUUGCUCGGAUAGUCGACACAAUUAUCCGUGUUCCAGUAUUCAGUAAACACGUGCAGGUUUUUGGUGUGGAUAGUAAACCAGUUCGUUUUGCAAUACAACCAGUAACAGAAGUCACCAGGUUUGUCCGAGGCACACUUGGUGAUGCUCCUUACGUGUUGGUGUUUCCUGCUGUAAGCGUACCACCACUUGGCUUGGCUAUGUAUCAAGUAAAUGUUACCCCAAAAGCGGGAAAAUCCAUUGGCAAUACUCGGAGUAGUUCUAAAAAACGCGAGUUGAAGGCAAACAGUGUUGAUUAUAUUAUUGAAAACAAGCAUCUUCGAUUAACAUUUUCAAAUAAGAACGGUCGUCUGGUUGAAAUUGAGAAUUUAGAAUCCCAAAUCAAGCAAUCGGUUGACCAACAAUUCUUUUGGUAUAAUUCCAGCGUUGGGAAUAACGUGAGUGACCAAGCGUCUAAUGCUUACAAUUUCAGACCAAAUUCGAGUACACAUUUUAAUGUCAGCGUUGACAACCGUGCAAAGAUUACGGUAUUUAAGAGUAACGUGGUACAAGAGAUCCAUCAGGUGUUCAGUCCUUGGGUGAGUCAGGUUGUCCGGUUGUAUCCGAACAAACCGUUUGCGGAAUUUGAAUACACCAUUGGGCCAAUCAAAAUGUCUCCUGAACUGGGCAAGGAGGUGAUAUCAAGGUUUGAUACCAGUUUAAACACGAAUGGUGUUUUCUACACGGACGCAAAUGGACGUGAAAUGCAGAGAAGGAAACGUGAUUAUCGUCCUACCUGGUCUUAUGAAGGUAAGUACUAGCUGUGUGGAUUAUUUAAUACGUAUAUUUAGCAAUUAUUGGAUGAGGCUGAGCAGGAUAUCCAGAAUUAUCCUGAAUAAUUCUGGUAUCCUGAAUAAUUCUGGUAUCCUGCGCAAGCCGAAUUCAAUAAUUAUUUUAUUAUUCAUUUUGUGACAGAAAGAAAACAAAACAAGCAACAAUUGAAAACAAAUAAAUAUUCAUUGAAUUAACUUUUCGUAAAUUCAACUAAAAAUUUGCCGCCAAUUUGUAUUUUCACAUAAAAUACCGCUGAAAUAUCUCGGGCGCCGCCCAAUAACCUCUGCAGAUUACUGUUUACGCUGGAAAUAGCGCAGGCACCUACAAAUACCCAAAAUUAUUUGUAGGCUCUUGGCCAAUGAAAAAUCGAGAGCACAGUACAAUAAGUAAUAAAUUACUAUAAUUAGUAUACACUCAACCAUGGUCUAUUACAAAAUCCAGCAUUGCCUUCGGCCAUUCAACCAUGGACCAUUUCGUAACGGACCACGGUUGAGAAAAAACCAAAUUUGGAGAAAACAUAGGGGAAAUCUUUCGUUCUGCAAACACGUUUGCAAAAACGAAGAAUUUUGUAGAAAAUUUAAAUUUUAACUUUUGCCUAUUAAAAUUUUAACUCAGCCUCAGGCCUUAAUUGCCUUCCUUGACUAUUCGCUCACAGACAACUCGACCUCGUUGUCUAAUUGUUAAAAUCCAUUCACGACAAGAAGUUUAUUUAGUCAGUCAGCUCAAUUGGUGACGAGCACUUGUUUUUCUGGUGACUCGCCUGACACAAACUGUCUUCUCCAGGUACAACUACGUCCUCAGAGCCUCGGGGACGGAGUUGGUUCAGGAAAACUAUAACAUUACUCCUACAUAGUAGCACUAAAGAAACUAGAGAUAGAUUCCAGCUGAUGUGUCACCGGGCUAGUAAAAUGAUGUACUGUGCCUCAGAGUAGCCUCAUCUAAAUGAUUUAAUAUAAAUCAUCCAAGGCCGAGUUCUAAUAAUGCAACAAUCAAUAUCCCUCUCGUUUUACUCUAGAUAAAGAACCUGUAGCAGGGAACUAUUACCCAGUGAACAGUCGUGCUUACAUUAAGGAUGACACUGGAAUUCAACUGACCGUUAUGACAGACCGCUCAGUAGGAAGCUCCAGUAUAAAGGAUGGUUCUUUAAAGUUCAUGGUUCACCGUAGGUUACUUUAUAACGAUGGUACUGUUGAUGGUGAACCGUUAAACGAACCAGGCCGAGACGGUCACGGUCUUAUCGUUCGAGGUCGGUUUUUGGUUUUACUUGAAGCUUCCAAAAAUUCUGCUAGACUACAUCGCCUUAUUGGUGAGGAAGAAUUUAUGCGACCGUUACUCUCGUUUUCAGAAGGCGCUGGAAGUUGGGCUCAGUAUCACUACCACCUUAAACAACGCUACCAAAUUUUGCAAGGCCAUACAAGCGAGGGAGAUUACCAUGGUUACCAAGAAGAAAGUGGGUACCAGGCCUUAACUCGGCCGCUACCAGCUAAUGUUCAUCUUUUAACAUUAGAAAAGCAUGGCAAGGUUUUGCUGUUACGGCUGGAACAUCAGUUUGCUGUUGGCGAAGAUGACGAACUUUCAAAACCUGUCUCAGUUCAACUAAAAGGUUUGUUUAGCGACUUUACCAUCCUCUCCGUGACUGAACUCAAUCUGAGUGCAAACCUGGUUAAGACCGAGCUUAAAAAUGCAGUAGACUGGGGAGGAGCUUUCCGAGAAAACAGGAUUUCGAAUGAUAGUUUUGACGUCACGUUGAACGCGAUGGAAAUCAGAACAUUUAAGAUUGAUGUUGAAUGGAAGCAAAGCCACAGAUACUGAUUAAAAUUAACCAGGGAGACUAGACUAUUCUAUCUGAUGCUUCAGUGAUAAUUACUUCCAUAAAUGGAUUUUUUGUUCUCUUUUAAAAAAGGGUGCAUAACACACGAAUUUUACGUUAUUUUCGUAAAUUUUACUCAAGUAUUUUAACUCCAAUUUUGGAGACAUUUUACUCCACAACUGGAGUACUAGUAAAAACCAUUCCUAUUGGAGUAUUUACUCCAAUAUUGGAGUUAAAAUACCGAAGUAAAAUUCACCGCAAAAAAGGAGUUGUUCUGUAUCUUUUUUCUUUACUCCAAAUCAAAAUGACUCCUUAGGAGUCAAAGUGACUCCUAUACAUUGGAGUAAAGAAAAGUCCUUAAUUAACCUUAGAAAUCAAUAAAAACAUUUUUCAAGUCAGUGACGAGCAUAACAUGAACUCUCGAACACAUUCCAAAUGACUAAGUCAAAAGGUACCACGCGCCAUACUAUACUUAAAUAUUUACAUACCACCGUUAUCACGCAGAUGUAUACGAAAGUGACGUUCCUUUUAACAAAAAUAUUCAUUUUAUUGCUGUUUAAUUAAAUUACAUAAAAAAUUAAUAAAUUAUUUGCUGUUGGUAAUUAUAAUUUACAAUUUGAUUCGACUAAUUACAUAUUUCAAUCAAUGUAUAAAAACUUCGGGAAAAAUUGUUUAAAAUGGAAAAUUCAUGUUGCAUUAUCAUAUAGUGAAAAUAUUUUACAAGAAAUUGGACGUACGGUAAACUACAGUGCACGUCCGGUCACGAUAAGAUUUUACGUAUGAAUGAUUGUAUAAAUUAGACAACUUAGAUAUAGCUGCACUCAGAUAUAGCUAGACUUGCUAAAAGUCGACUCGUAUUAUUUAGCUUAUUUCGCUCAAGCUCCCUCAUUCCUUGUUUAUUCGCUCACCAGUUUUACUCCUUGCAAUAAGAGACAAAUUACAACGCGUUACGACUGCCUCACACCCUGUCGCUGUCACGUGGUCAUUGCGUGGGCAACGUGGAUUAACUUAAUCGAUUUCGUGGUGAAGUUUCCCACCGAAUCAACCAAAUUUUCAGCUUUCCUCCCUCGCGUGCCGUCCGCAUGCGCUUGAUAACGUGAUAAACAAACCAAGCGCCUGUGUCCGAGGCAAGAACUAUAUGACGCAAGUCGACUUGUGGCAAGUCCAGUGAGCUCAAUAUAUAUCUGGAGCAAGAACUUCAGUCAUUCGGCCUGCGAGAAAAGUGAAGCCAAGAUGGCGGCCCAUUGACGUCCAAUAGAUCUGAAGGUCGUAAACAGGUUAUAUACCAUUUUCCCCACUGAGCUAAUUCCAGUUUUUUUCUAACGGACCGUAUCGCAAACCAAGUUUUCAGUUCAUAAAACCAGUGUUAUUCUUUAAAUGGAUGUCAAAAUACGACAUUUCAGCACGUUGCUUGCCAAGAUGGCGGACAUUGAAGGAGCUAGCGGUUGACUCGAGUUAUCGCUCCAGAUAUAUAUGGAGCACACUGGGAAAGUCCAAGAUAUAGCCAGGAUAGUACAAGCCUUUGUCCCAGGAUGCGUACAACGAGGAAACCUAAACAAAAACAU